ACGGGCGCCGGAGAGCGUCUGGGUUCAGGCCAAUCUAGCUGCGCCUCCUGUUCGGAAAGAAGGACGUGGUUGUUGGGGGAUUAUGGCUCCUGCUGCUCUCGUCUCUGCUGGGCAACCUCCUGAGAUCCAAUUUGCUCAGAGGUUGGCCUCGAACGAGAAACGGAUUCGGGAUCGGGCGCUGAAAAAGCUACGUGGCUACAUCACGCUCAGGACCCAGAGUCUAGAAGGUUGCUUCAGUCAAGAAGAAUUGUUAAAAAUAUGGAAAGGAUUAUUUUACUGUAUGUGGAUGCAGGAUAAACCUCUCUUGCAGGAGGAGUUGUCAAAUAAUAUAUCACAGCUAAUCCAUUUAAUCGAGAAUAUGGAUACUCGACACUUGUUCAUUCAGACUUUCUGGCAAACUGUGAAUCGUGAAUGGAACGGAUUAGACCGAUUGCGGCUAGAUAAAUUUUACAUGUUGAUCCGCAUGAUGCUGAGGCAGUCCUUUGAAGUUCUGAAAAGAAAUGAGUGGAAUGAAAGUUUAAUUGAACGAUUUCUGAACGUGUUAAUGAUGGAAGUUAUGCAUCCAGACAGCCAUGCUCCCAUUGGUAUUAAAUUGCAUUUCAUUGACAUCUAUCUGGAAGAACUGGCUAAAGUUGGAGCUAAAGAGCUCACAGCAGACCAGAACAUUAAGUUUAUUGAACCAUUCUGCAAAAUCCUUGCAAGGACCAAGGAUCAUCUUAUGCUGCAAGCCAUAAUCUGUGGCAUCUUUGAAACCAUUGUGGAUCAGUCCCCAUUUGCCAUCGAAGAUUUAAUGAAAGAACUAGAAACUGGCAGUGAUGUUGACAGUUCCUCAGAACACGAGAAAUGGAGUGACAAAGAAGAUAUAGAAAUGGACAGAGGCAGGGGCUUGUCAAAUCAACUGUCUCCAAAUUCAGAGGCACAUGGUAAUAUUUCAGAAGAUAUAGAUGCUAAUAUUGGACCAGUUCUUCAGUUUGAUUAUGCAGCAAUUGCCAACACAAUCUUUGAGUUAAGCAGCAGAAAAAACACACCUGCUUUUAACAGAAAGCGCCUCUACAAAUUGGUUAAAAAAUUUCAAGAUCUUGCAGAAGGGAGUUUCCCUCAAGAUGAUUUCCCUGAAGAUGUUUCUACAGAUGAGGAUGAUGAUAGCUUCAGCAGGAGGAAAUUGAAAAGAAAAUCUGGCAAACCCUUAGAUAAAGCUCAGUUGGGAAAAAAAGACAACAAUCAAACCCAAAAGAAUGAUAGUGAGGAAGAAGAGGCCAACACAGGGCUACCAAAAAAGAAGAAGAGAAAGAGAAAAUCCAGUCAGACAGCUGGUACUUUUGUGUCCUCUAGAAAUAAUGAGAAUAGACCAGUCAGAGUUGAAUCCAAAACACCAGAUCCAGCCAACAAAUCCUCAGAUAUCAGUAAACGGCAGAAGUCUUCAAGUACAGAGAGCAAUGAAGUUGCUUCGGUGAUUCCCAUUGAAGGACUUGGUGAUGAUUCUUCCUUGAAGUCACUGACAUGUUUAGUCAAUGGCAUAAAGAAGCCUUCCCCCCACAAAAAUGGGAGCCUAACAAAAGUUCCUAUAAAAAUUGUGUGUCAGAAUGGACAGAAUUAUGACUCUGAAGAGGACCCUAGUUAUUGUACUACAGGAGGCCACACUGGUAAAAUUAUGAAGAGGCAGCAGAAAUCAAAGCCAGGAAUCACUGGAAAGCUUUUUUCUGAAGAGAGUGUUAAUCUGCCAGAGAAAAAAUGCCUUGUAGAGUCAGUACCUAUUGUGCUCCAGAAAGUCAAGUUGAAGAGAAAAAAAAUGUUCGGGAAUUUGGGGAGGAUUACAUGCUCCAAACAGAAAGCAGUUAGCUUGAAAAUACAAAGAAAAGUCAAGAAAGACCCAAAUUCCACUGAAAGAAAUGAACUUGAAAACAAGAAGAGGAAGAACGAAGAAACUGGUGGUAUUGCUCUUCCAAUAAAGAAAACAAAGGCAAAAGUGGAGAAUGAUUUUGUGAAGUUUAAAAAGACAGCCUUACCAAAGCCAGCCUUCUUUAGAAAAUCUAAAAGAAGCAUUACUGCCAUGCCGUUAAGCAAGCUACAAUCUUCCAGCUCCAAAAAGGUUACCUUUGGAUUAAAUAAGAAUAUGACUGCUGAAUUUAAGAAGACAGACAAAAGUAUCUUAGUCAGUCCAGAGGGAGGCUCCCGGGUAGCUUUCAAUCCUAAGCAAAAACCACCCCAUGGGGUCCUAAAGUCCUCCUCUGGCUCUUUGAUGGAAACUCCUCAAAUAAAGAAGUCUCUUAUAAUUCCAGCUAAGAAAAGACCAACCGCUAUGGAUUUCUUCUAAGCCAAAUAAAUGGAAGAGAGUUUUGUUCUGAACAUUUCCACAUUCAACUAUUUUUUUUGAACAAUUUUCAGAAUCUUAUUUUCACAGUUAAUAUGAUACUAUGCAUACGGUUUUGAUUAUGUGGCCUCUGGUUCUUCAAAAAGCACUUCUUUGGCUGCAGAUUAGAACUGCUUUAUGUUGUUAGCAAAAAA